AUGACAGCACUUAGCGCCUUGCGCUGUCUAGCGUGCACGGGCCCGCCAACCGGGGUCUUGGUCGUCCACCAUCCACCUCUCUCUCUCUCUCUGUCUCUCUCUUCGGCCUCAUCCACCACCCUAACCACCAACUUUCUCUCUUACUGGGCCCUGCAUCAUCCAUCGUCAUCAUCGCCUUGUCACUGUGCCCUUACUACCUUGACCAAAGAAAAUUUUAUGCCCAGCCGGCGCCUAUUUCCUUUCCCUCCUUCUCCUUCCUCCACUCAUCUAUCAUCACCCACUCACUCGCUCACUCUCCUUUCUGUCUUUCUAUCCUAACCCUCUACUGCAACUGAUCCGCACUCAUGUUUGAUGAGACAGCGAGAGAGGCACAUCCAUUCAUUUGCUCCAGCUGUGCCGUCUCCAUCUACCUGUCUUAACACUCCCCCGUUAUGAACUAUCGACUCAUUUCACCUCCCUCUCCCACUAACCGCUUAAUCAACCAGUCCGCUCUCCGGAGCUACAGUAAUCACCAGUAGUCACUGGCGCAGUGGAUGGGUGAGUGGCCUGAAAAGCCGCUUGAAAUCCCCGUUGCCCAUCGCGACCCCCAAACCCAACCCAACCCCGUCGUCUC